AUGGAAUACCCGGCGCGGUAUACGAUCUCUGCGACAGACCGCAGCGGUCUGAUCGUGAUAGUCGAGACGCUGUUCAUGUCGUGGAUGAUCAUGGUCACUUUGGUCCGGUUGUACAUGCGCCUUGCGAUCAACGGACCAGUGCAGAUAGACGAUCUAGUCGUCUUUGCCGGAGCCGUCUUUGCUGUUGCCCACGUUGGAACGGUGAUGAAUGCCAUCUCCCACGGCCUCGGCCGAACAAUGGAUGGUGCGGUGGCACCGUCGAGUGACUUGAGUCAAGCUGGUAGAGAGUAUUACAUUGCCAACCUUCUCUUUCUCUUGGGACAUGGCGCUGCAAAGAUCUCGGUGUCUUUGCUACUUACACGGCUGGGCCGUCAAAGAUACUAUAUGUUGUGCGCCAAGGUCCUGCUGGGUCUGGUCACGGUGUGGUCCAUUGCUUCGAUCUUUGCGAUCUCCUUUGCUUGUCUGCCUGGAGACCAGUGGAACAUGGCUCAGCAGUGUCGCAAUAUUGAUACUGCCUGGAAAGCCAUCUCCGCAUUCGAUAUCAUCACCGACGUGCUGGGGUUCGGACUCAGCAUUUUCUUGGUCUGGGGUAUCCAAAUGCGCUGGAAAGAGAAGGGGACGGUCAUUUUCGCUUUUGGCACCAGGCUUCCAUCGAUCGUGCUCAUCAUUCUGCGACAAACCUACCUCGACCGUGCCGUCUUCUCCUCCGACCCAACGCUGCAUGUGUCAGACUCACUCGUCAUGACUGCCGUCCUGCUCCACUACAGCAUCAUGGUGGCGACUGUACCAUGUCUGAAGCCAUUUGUCAUCUCCUUCAACACAGGUUGGGGACAAGGGGUUGUCAAUAGCCAUGGCCAACAUCCCUACUACACGCCGUCCGGUAAGAGCGUGUCUGGUAACCACUCCAGAGCCUAUACGGAGAAUCGCGCAGAUGAAGAUACCACCCAGUCCGCAGCAGCCAGACUCUCUUCCGACAGUCAUAAUUCUCAGCAACUGAUCAUCCGGGAGACGCGGGAGUGGAUCGUCGAGGAGGAAUAUGAGCUGCACCCGGUCCACGAUCAAACGAACCUGGACCAACAUCGGGAGGGAACGCCGCCUUUUGCUCAAUAUUAA